AUGAAAGCAGAUCUUGGUCCACGGAGUCCCAAGAAGGUAAGAACUCCAACCUGUCCGAUGCUUCUUCGGCCAAAUACGAUAUACAAGUGGGACCUGCACUAUGAGCAAGCUGUGCGAAAAACCGCUUCUUUUUUCCGGUUUCGCAACAACUUGGGCGAAAUGGGGUUCUACCGGGAAACCAUGGAUUUUUUAGUUUUCGCCAUUGGUUACUGGUCGAGCCACUGGAAUGGAAUGAGAUAA